AUGGCUUCCAAGGGUACAGUUGCAUCCGCAUAUGCUGCCCUGUUCCUGUGUCUCAAUAUCCUUUCCUUCACCAUGGUGAGCUCCAACUACGUGCCUUAUAUCCCAGUCCCAGUGCCUUAUCAAAAGGGUACCUGCCCUAUAGAUACACUUAAGUUGGGUGUGUGUGCCAAAGUGUUGAACUUGGUCAAUGUUAAAUUGGGGGCCCCACCUACCCUCCCUUGCUGUUCCCUCAUUCAGGGUCUAGCUGAUCUUGAAGCUGCUGCUUGCCUUUGCACUGCCCUUAAAGCUAACGUUCUUGGCAUCAACCUUAAUGUUCCUAUUUCCUUGAGUGUCAUUCUCAACAACUGUGGAAAGAACAACUCAGGUUUCGAGUGCUACUAA